AUGGCGCCUUCGCUUCUCUCCACGCUCUCUUCCGCCCUCCUCCUCACGUCAUCCGCGGCCGCUAUCCAGACCUACCAACUCGCCGACAGCUACGACUCGACCAACUUUCUUGAGAAGUUUGGUUUCUUCACGAGCGACCACUCCACCGGGAACUACAACGAUGUUGACCCCACCGGUGGAUAUGUCAGCUACAAGUCGGCAGCAGAUGCUCAGAGCAUGGGUCUCGUAAAGACUGAGGGCGGUGACCUGUACCUCGGUGUCGACUCUACAUCUACCCUCGAUGCCGCUGGUAUCGGCAGAAGCAGUGUAAGAAUCGAGAGUACGGCCAAGUACGGUCAGGGACUUUUUGUCAUCAACUUUUCCCAUCUUCCUAAGCCUGUCUGCGGUGCCUGGCCUGCGGUCUGGACCGUUGGCAACCCCUGGCCCGCUGCCGGCGAAAUCGACAUCGUUGAGACCUGGAACGAGGACAAUGUGAACAAGGUCGUCCUUCACACCGACGGCACGCUCGGCGAGUGCCGUAUCGACGGAACGAACAUGACCGGCACCAUCAGCAAGCCCAACUGCGCAAACUAUGCCGCAGGCCAGUCUGACAACGAAGGCUGCGCCGGUCUUGAUGGCGCUGCCCCCUUUGGAUCCGCCGAGGGAGGAGUUUACGCCAUGCAAUGGACUGACACCGCCAUCCGCGUCUGGGGCUUUACUCACGCCAACGUUCCCGCCGACAUCGCGAGCGCCAACCCGAACCCCGAUGCCUGGGGCACGCCCAGCUUCACCACCAGCACCUGCGCCGCUGACAAGCUGUUCGAGGAGCAGAAGCUCGUGGCCAACAUUGACUUCUGCGGUGUGGCCGGAAACGAUGGUAUCUGGACCCAGACUUGUGAGGCGAAGACUGGUAUGACUUGCAAGGAGUACGUUGCCGCCAACCCGACUGCCUUUGCCGAUGUCUUCUUCAAGAUCAGCUCCAUCAAGUACUACAACCUCAAGGACGGCAACGCCACUGCCUCAGUCAUCUCCAGCUCAGUUGCCGCUUCGACUGUCGCUGCCUCUACCUCUGUCGCGCAGACCGCUGUCGUCAGCUCCGCCCUGUCCACCGCUGUGGCCUCCGAAAAGCCUGUUGCGACUUCUGCCGCCGCCAUUGAGAGCUUGACCACCCGUCUGGCGACCUCCACCGUUUAUGCUACCAACAUCAAGACCAUCACCUCUUGUGCCGCCGAAGUUACCAACUGCCCGGCCCGCGAGACCCCUCAGGUCGUCACCGAGGUCGUUGCUGUCACUACCACCGUCUGCCCCGUCGUCGACGUCCCUACGCAGUUGACCGUCAUCAAGACCGAGGUCCACACCAUCACCUCCUGCGCUCCUGAGGUCACCAACUGCCCCGCCCGACAGACCACUGUCACCAGCCAGGCAGUCAUCCCGACGACCGUAGCCAUCCCCGUCGAGAGCUAUAUCCCCUCGAAGCCCGCCGGCGGCGAUGCCCCCAUCACCGUCAGCUCCCAGGAGCCUGUCGCCGAUAUCACCACGGCUAUCACAACCUACGAGACCAACAUCAUCACAAUCACCUCUUGCGCCGCAGAAGUCACAAACUGCCCGGCCAGGACUUCCACUGUCGUCACAAGCAAGGUCAUUCCUACUACUAUUCCCGGUGUCCCUGCCGUUCCCACCACCGCCGGCUCCGCGAAGCCUGUCGUCACUGGCCAGCCUCCCGCCGAGCAAAUCACCACCUACCUCACUAACAUUGUCACCAUCACCUCCUGCGCUGCCGAAGUUACCAACUGCCCCGCGAGAACCUCUACAAUCAUUACCAGUGCCGUUGUCCCCAAGCCUACCACUGAGGCAAGCCAGAAGCCCGUCCUCACCACCGACGUCCCCACCGUCUUGACCACAUACAAGACCAACCUCGUCACGAUCACUUCCUGCGCCGCAGAGGUUACGAACUGCCCGGCCAGGACUUCCACCAUCGUCACCAGCGAGCUCAUCUCCACCACGGUCCCCAAGCCCGUCACUACCGUCGUCGGUGGAACUGCCGUCUCUGAGAAGCCUGUUCGUGCCACUUCCGGUGCCUCCACCGCCCCUGGCGCCGGUGUUCCUACCGUCGGUGUUCCCGCCUCCAGCAGCACCGUCUCUACCGAGAAGCCCGUCCUCGAGACCCCCGGCGCGUCAGGCACCCCCGGCGGCCCUCCCCCCAUUCCUACGACCUUGGUCGUUGCACCGUCGGAUGGAUAUAACGGCACUCUGACUACCGCCGUGAUCCCUGUCGGAACCGGUUCUACCUCUCCCUGUGUUGGCGCCGCUUGCCCAGCAACCACCACCGGCCCCGUUCAGGCCGGCGCUGGUAAGCUUAGCUCUGGCGGCUUGCUUGCGGCUGUAGCGGCAUUGGCUGUUUUGGUCAUCUAA